GUGAGUGAGCGAGGGAGGCGGUGCGAGCAGCGCUGGAGUGGUAAAGGCAGAAUAUUACACGGCGCAGGGAGCAGCGAGUAACUGCAGCACUGGCAGCGCAAGGUAGGAGGGGAGGCAAGCGGAGUAAAUAAAUAAUGAGAUAGCUUGGAAUAAAGGGCUUCAGGGAAUGAGUCCAAACAUCACAGGAGAAGCAGCAUUUGGAACUUCUACAUCAUUAAGUGCAAGGAAAGGGACAAGCCAGGUGCUCAAGCUUGAAAUCGAAGCUCUAAGGCUUUGUAUUGUCUCAAUGUGAUGAGAAUACAAUAUCACGACGACCAAGAAAGAACAUCUGAAGAAGAGCUUAUGCCUUGGUUUACUGACCAGCCGCAUGAAUUUGUGGUAAAGCCCACAGAGAGCGUAAUAAUGAAAACAUCUGGUGUCCAAGACGACGAUGUAAACUCAACGCUCGAUUUUUCGGAUGCAAAAAAUGUGUUUGAACACCACUGUUCAAUUUGUGAUCAAUACUUUCCUUUUAGCAGUCUUUUGGCACAACACAUGACCAUGCACACAAAUAAAAAGCGAUUUAACUGUCCCUUCUGCAACCAUAAAACUUCUCAAAAAGCCCAUUUGAAAAUUCACCUCCGAAAGCACAAACUAGACCAUUUACAAGGAGAAAAAAUGGGAAGGAAUAAGGCCAACAUGACACCCAUAAAUUUUGAAAUCGCAAAUACGGUGUCUGGUGGUAUCGCGACUAAUGAGACCGGUGUGACUGAGAUUGAUGUAAAACCGGUAAACGGUGUUACUUUGUCCCUUGAGAGCUUGGAAGGAAAGGUAGUCCAAGCUGAAGCGUGCCCACUUCUCCCGUGUAUGUUCUGCAAAAAAAGCUUUCAACACUCAGAUGAUCUCCAUCACCAUGUGGUCAUUCAGCACAAGCCUACACUCUGUGAGCCAGCAGUCCUUCGAGUAGAGGAAGGUUUGAGCCCCGUUGAAGAGGAGCAUGACGCUGUAAGUUCUCCAGAACAGGAGGCAAUGGAUGAAAAUGAUGAUGGUGAGCUUAGCUGCAAAGUUUGUGGCCUGUCCUGUGAGAGUGCUUUGAAUCUGGAAACUCACAUGAGGAAACACAAGGAUUCCUUUACCUAUGGCUGCAAUGUAUGUGGCCGGCGUUUUAAGGAGCCUUGGUUUCUAAAGAACCACAUGAGGACACACUUGAGUAAAGCCAAGGGGAAAUCGCAGCAGGAUCCAGAAGGUCCUGCAACGAUCAAUAAUGUUGCUAUGCCAGAGCCAAUUUUGGGAAACAUUGCUUCUCCCUACAAAAUGUGUAUGGUGUGCGGAUUUCUUUUCCCUAACAAAGACAGCUUAAAGGAACACAGCAAAGUUCACAACAAAGAUUUGACGGAGAAGAUGGACGAUCCCUCCAUAAAUCCAGAACCCGCUCUGUCGCAGGAUGGAUUCCUACAGAUGCUGAAUUUGAGUCCUUUCCUGUCGCAAAAUUGUAACAAAUCUGCAAAGCUGGGGAAAUGGAUACCUGAGCUUGAUCCCUUCAACACCUACCAAGCUUGGCAGCUGGCCACCAAAGGGAAAGUGGCAGUAGGUCGAGAGAAUGUGAAAGAUCCAGGGCUAAUAGCAAACUCUGAGAAUGAGGAGGAACCAUCGGACAAAGAGGAUUCCAGUGAACAAUGGGUCAUGGAUAAAUCCAAUCAGGGUAUGACCUUGGAGAAUCCUGACAAGGCUAAAAUGAAGCACAACGGCGUAGGGCAGAAUGGGUCGCCUCCAUUGGGAGAAGUGGAUGUUGAUCCCAAAUUAUCUCAGAACAAACUUAAACCAACCAACUGCACAGUAUGUGGUAAGAUAUUCAGAACCUACCAUCAGUUAGUGCUGCACUCCAGAGUACACAGGAAAGGCAGGAAAAGUGUGGAGAAUCCACUACCAAGUUCAGUUGAUGGUAGUGAUCCUGGCACUCAGUCGAUAGACUCUAACACAGGGGUGGAAGACCGCAGCCCAGGGACUGACAAGCCUGAGGAAGGCUCUGAAGAGGGCUCAGAAGAUGGAGGACUAGGCGAAGGACCUUCAUCAGAUCGUAGCGAGGAUGGCUCAGAACGAGGAAGAAGCAGAGAGUCUGGCUCAUCUGGUGAAUGCAGUUACUGUGGAAAGUCUUUCCGCUCAAACUAUUACCUUAAUAUUCAUCUCAGGAUUCACACAGGUGAAAAACCCCAUCGAUGCCCCCUCUGUGACUAUGCUGCAGCUCAGAAAACCUCACUUAAGUAUCACUUGGAACGGCAUCAUAAGGGUGAGCAGAAAAGGACUGAAGAAAAGAAUGAUCCUCUGAAGAAUUCAUUGACAUCUCCAAAAUUGGAAGUAGCACCAAAAGAAAAUGAUGAAUCUGUUCAGGAAUCUCUUCAAGACUCCAAGAGGUUCUUUACAGAUUCUUUGGGCGGUGCCAAAGAUUUAGAUGCGAACAUUCCUCGGGGGAAUCAGAAAAGGAUGAUUUCGUCUACUAGUCCAAUUUUUCAAAAUGCCGAGUUUUCAAAUACAAGUAGAGAAUUCCCGGACCUGAAGAUCCAUCACGGUCGACGAAUCUUCUGCAGUGCACUGUUGCCAAUGUCGCCAAUGUCUCACGCUGAGAAAUUAAUGGAUGAAAAGUUGAUAGUUGAGUUACAGAGAUGUAACUCUGAUGCAAAGGCUAUUAUCGAACUUGACGAUUCCAAUGUUCUGGAGGAAAGCUCAAUGGAGGAACUUGCAGAAAACUAUACACAACAGAACAAUGCUAGAAGUAUGAAGGUGGAACCCAUUCCUAUAAAUGACCAAUGUUAUAUUAGUACUAGACGUAACAGGGAGGACUACUGUGAUAAAUAUGAAUUCAGUUUAUUGGAAAAGCCUUUGAAUCUUUGUACCACAAUAUAUCGGCAAAGCCUGUGCAGCGCUGGUAGUCCUCAGGGAAAUGUAUCUACCUCAUUUUCCAAGAGUGCCUUACUGAGCAAUGUGUGCCCAUUUUGUACCUACAGAACUUUGUACCCAGAGGUCUUAGUGAUGCACCAAAGGUUGGUACACAAAUAUAUUCCUGAACCGAGUUCGAUAAAUGGAUUUCGAAAUGCUUUUCAUAGUGGGUCACUUAAAAGCAGACGCACUGGAUGCCCUCCUGCACUAUUAGGUCAAGAUGUUUCUUCUUUGCUUGCCACCAAAGAAAUGAGCAAAAGGUUUUCUCGUCGGACCAAGUCGCCAUUACCAGCAGCUCCAACCGAUGCUUCUGACUUGCUACCUGGAAAGGCAAAAUUAUCAUCUUCCUCACACCAGUCCCUGUGCAAUAAUCUCCUUCCCUCUGCAGCAGAAGCUAGAUCUUCCAGUGACUUUAAUGCCUUCAAGAUGACCCAGAGUCCUAACAUGCAACUUGAAAGCUAUGGAUCUAUACAUUCUGAAACAAGGCAGAUGCCAGAGAUGGUGCAACAAGCAGAAAGGAAUGGUUUUUCAGAAGCUGGUACCAGUAAGAGAAAUGUGUCUGAAAAGUCUGGUACUAAAUUGGACUAUGAAUCUGAAGGACCCAGGGGACAUUUGUUUAGAUAUGAUGGUCAUUGGGCUCCCAAUGUUAGCAAAAUGUGUCUUACUAAUAUAUCUGAGAAUCAGGGAGGUUUGGACUCACAUGAGCCUACAGCUAAAAGAAUGAAAAUAAAUAGUCCUUUAAGAAAUGAUCAGCUUUCAUUUGGAAUAAGGAGGAGUGUUCAAGGAAGAAAUAUAAAAUUAUCUCAGGAGAUGUCCCCUCUUCAGGCAAGAAGCACAGGGAUAUCGGCUAAGCCAGGAUCAGCCUUGGAUUCAAAUGGAAUUGAUUCUCGUUGGAAUGUAUUGAAAAUUUUGAAUUCCUACAACCCACAAGAUCUCGCUUCACUGUACAGCACGUGUGGACCCAGUAACAGUAGAGAUACUAAUAUUGCUCAAGAAGGGAAGAGGUCGCUCCAAUAUCUACAACAUUCUAACAGUUCGUCACAAAAGCGGAGCAUUAAUCACACUCUUGGUGGAUCUUUAGACAAAGAGUACAUGACCCAUUGAAGCCUGUUAAUGGAAGAUCUGUUGAACGCUGUGAAUGGGAUACUCCUGCAUCAAAACUGAAGGUUCAAAAGGGGUGUCAGCUGGUCCACUGGUGAAAUCUAAUCACAUUCGAAGUACAGAAUGCACAUCCAAUAAGCUGUGAUUUGUACAUGUAUAGAACACUACUAUUCCAUUUAUUCUGGAUUGCAUUUUUUUAUUCAUGCCUAAAAAUGUAAUCAGAGACUAUAUAAAUAUAUAUAAAAUUGCUUUGUAUUCCAUUUUGAUUCUGAACUUGAAAUUGUACCAUUUCUAAUUAAAAAUUAUCAAGUGUUUCUGUUUUUGCAAUAACUAUAUUGAUUACUUGGCACUAGUGUAUGGGCCAUCAAUUCUGGAAUGUUGGGCUCUUUUUGUUUUGAAAGAUCUUUCAAGCAGAGAACAGAUUUUUGGUACCUGAAGUUUAAUAUUUCUGGGAAAUUGUGUAACUUACUGAGGCUUUUCUUCUACGUUGGAAAAUUGAGCAAUAAAUUGUAUAACCUGUGGUAAUGCUUCAAGCUUCGGUCUUCCAACUCUUUUUGUAUACUAUCUAGUCUUGUGUGGAGCAGCUGUGGCAAGCAAUACUUAACAUUGUUUAGUUCAUUUUACAUUUGGGUGUGACAUUAAGUCUUAGUUUGGUUAAAUUGCACCAACAGUGUAUCUAGAGGCUGUAUGAGAGGUCCAAGCAAUCACAAAUUAUGGUUGCACUGUGCCCUGCAAAAGUGCAGCAUUUGAUAAUCAAUAGUGAAAAUGUGUGUGAACCUGGUAGACAAACUAAAAUGCAUUGUAUUGACCUGAAACGUGGAAGCUACUCAAAAAUCAUACUCAAGCGUGCAACAAAAACCCCAAUCUUAUUGGGUCUAAUGUUCAAAGUUAUUUUGCACACAAUGACAAAAUAUCAGUAUAGAAAUUUAGUGUAAAAUGAAGUUUGAUUUUGUAUGAUUUGAAUUACUUUGUGUUUUGACUAUAUAAAUGGUUUCUUUAGCCCUACUCAAUUUCAGACCAUGUUUCCACGUAUCCAUGAUUUUAAGCAGUUCAUUAAGGUGGUGCAGAAUGAUGAACCCUUGACUUCCCUCAUGGCUCAGUAUAAUUAUCAACAAAACUGCACCGUGGAAUACCUUGUCAUGACUUUUUCUCGCAAGGAUAAUUAUUCCAACAUCUAGACUCUUGGAUAAAUUGUAUAAAACCAGCUAAUUGUAUCCAAAUUGUGGGCUCCUUGGACCUUCCCUUUACCUAGGUGACACAUUGGAUUAUUACAUCGUAAUGGGUCAGGGAUUGAACCAAUAUGUCACACGAGUUAUUAGUUUCAAAGAUUGCAACAAAAAAUAACUCUUGACUGGAAAUGUAAAACUGAGCAUGAUUAAAUACUUUUACAAUGAACAAAAUUGGUGUCCUGAAGAGGAAUAGAAAGAUUUUAAUUGAAAAAGCCUGGAUUGCAUGAACAUCUUUUUGUUGAGGGAGCCAACUAAUUAUACUGCUGAUUCUACCUGAUUUUUUUUUUGGUGCUUCUUUAAAGUAAAAUCUUAAUUUGCUGAACACUGUUUAAAAUUCUACUAAUGCUGAGUGUUCAUCUCAUUUUUCCAAAAAUUUAAGUCUUGCUCAGUAGACAUUGGGGAUAAUGGGACUCAUCAUUUGAAUAUUUCCCAUUAUUGUAUUGGGUGAAUUUAGUUUUACUUUGAAAUAACUGAAGGUAUUGCUGUAUAACGGUGCUCUGCUUUGAAUAAAGAUUUAUUGACCAGUCCCAUCUUGUGCAAGCUCAUUUAUGGCACAACUUUUUGGAGGCAAAAGCAAAAAUUGGUGCUGUGAUUUUAUGAGUAAAUAAGUGAGUGGAAUGGGCAACUUCAGUAAGUGCAUCUGUCGUUUAGUCAACGCAGCUACGAACAACUGUACCAAAAUCAGUUCAAUUGGAUCAAGUAUUGCAUUUAUCCACAUUUGCUAAUCAUGCAUUAACAGUUCCAUGCUUUACCAUCUUAAGUAGUGCUCAUCACAGCUGUACUUGGAUUUGUUGUGUUAAUCAAAAUUCAGUGAAUUGAACUUUUAAGACCAUGGCCCCAGUACAUGUAAAACAAUGAGCAAUGUUCUUUGUGAUGGAAAAGUUAAACAUGUAAUUCUACUAAAGACGGUUAGUUUAUUGAAUUUGCCACAUUUAUGCCCAAUAUUCUACUUUUGAUGUUUAAUGCACAUUAUAAACCUGUUUGUAAAUUGUAUUUUGAUUUAUUGAAGAUGAUAAUUGUACUUUGGUUACUGAAAAGGACAGAGUAAUCCAGUUUUUGUCUAGUUUGGUGUCAAAACUCUGUGAAUUAGGUAGUUUGACUGAGAGCAAGGGUCAAAAGUUAUUUGGAAUCCACAUUUUCAAAGCUGUUCAUUGUUCCAGAGUAAAAUGCACUAUAUUGCUCUUGUGCGGACAAGGUAGGAGCAAACAAUUGUGAUUAUUAAGUAAGCAUUCAAUUGGAUUUCAAGAUUUUAGUAAUUGAUUUGGCGGUCUUGCCUAUAUUUACGAUAUCUUACCUGGUUCAUGAGGGAUUUGUGACCAAGAAUAUUCUGUAAAAAAAAAUUAGGUUUGAGGCCAUUUGUACAUACUGCACUAGUGGGAGGAUCCCUGUCAAUGUAUAUGUCCUUUACCCAGAAUCAGAUGUUAUAUUAAAAACAAUUAAGACAAUUUUAUUUUGACUCGGGUAAUUGACAAGUGUGGAUCUUUUGAAUUGGAGACAUAGAAAAUAGGUGCCAGAGUAGGUAAUUUGGCCCUUCGAGCCAGCACCACCAUUCAAUAUGAUCAUGGCUGAUCAUCCAAAAUCAGUAUCCUGUUCUGGAUUUUUCCCCAUAUCCCUUGAUUCCCUUCGCCCUAAGAGCUAAAUCUAACUAUUGAAAACUUGUGGAACAAGGUAGAUGAUAGACUUGAUUUUUGAUAUUUUUUAUAUAAAUGUAAAUCUGGUAAUCUAACAUUUACAUGUAAGUACAUUAGGCUGCUAAAUUGGCUAUUCACAAGUAUGGUCAACUGGGUGAAGGGGGUUGAUACUUUAGGAUUGCAGGCAGUUUUUAAUGAAGUGAAUGAAGCUUUUGGCUAGCAUUUAGUUUUCUUUAGAAUUGAACUAAUGGUGUUUUAUUUUAAUAGACUAGUUCAAAGCAAUCUUUGUUUUUGAGUGAAAGGAUCUUGAAUGUGCAGCAACCAUAGAAUGUUGCAAUGUCCGCCAGCUCGUAACUGCUGCUGACAUAAUGAAGCCAUUGGACAAAUGUACACUUUUCAAACUGUUUAAUAGCUGUUCAUCUGAUGGGUGGCUAAGGUUUAUAAAAGUAAAUUCAUUAAAACCCCUUUCAACAUUCCAGUGGUGAUAUGAAUAAAGUAUUAGCUAUGCAGUGGGAGAAUAUGUGUUCACGCGUGUAUGUGUUUGGUUUAAAUAUUUGCCCAAACACUUCAUGUAAAGUAUCUGAAUGAUGACGCAUUUUACCAAGAUCCCAAACUCUUAAUAUUCUGGGGGGGGGGGGGGGGGAGAAAGAGAACUGCCCAAUAUACUGAGCAUUUUUUGAGUUGCUUGGGGUUUGUAAUGUUGACACUACUGACCUCCUAUGACCAUUGGUUCUGAUGUUUUUUCCUUUUUACCAACCUCAACCUCUGGAGAAGACUGAGCCAUAUGUAAUUGUGCGAGAAAAUGUUUUGUAGUUGUACUAUUAUGGUGCAUUUUUGACAUUGUUGUGCAGAAAAUACUUGAUUCCAAGCAAGAAGCUGCUUGAUUAUUCCAGAUUAUAAAAUUAUUGCUUGCGGGUGCAUGCUCAAUUUCAUUAAUUUCUAUUAUAUAAAAUUUUGGACAUUAUCAUUUGCAAUGACAUUUUUAGGGAAUUCACAUACAUGAUUUUUGUUUUGAUCGCUCAGUGUUACUAUAUUAGAAGUUUGCAGUUGGCCGCACUCUGAUAUGCAUAUUAAGGUGUCUUUUAUUUAAUUCAGUUUUCUUUUUGUAUUUAUUACAUGUUUGGACCUUUCUGAUUUCCUUAAAACCAUGUUUAACCAUACAAGUGUUUCAUGCUGUCUUUAAUUUAUAAUGUACCAUUGUUUGAUGUACAUUCAUUCAAUUUUGGAAUACAUUUGGUGUUUUACAU